CUCUCUCUGUCUCUCUCUGUCUCUCUGUCUCUCUCUUUCUCUCUCACUUCUCAUCUCCCUGUCUGUAUCGCUCGCUCUGGGAUGGAAUGUGGGACUCAGUCAGAGGAGAGUGUAACCUGUUCUGCAUUAUCAGCCAACCCUGUUUGCCUCCUGAUCCUUCUGCAUUCACUACCAUUCAUUCACUCAUUCAUCUGUGAGUGUGAUUUGCCUGGAUCCUGCACACAUUCAGGAGGACGAAACUGAUACAUGAAGCCAUUUAUAUCCAUUUGAAGAAGAUCUACAACAUUCUUGCUCUUGGAUCUGUUAGUAUUGGACUACUGACUCUUGAUGAGACUCACCUGCUCACCUGGACUGGAUUUAAUAAGACUUUGCUGCCAAAGUGAUAUAUAUAUAUAUACUUGGUAUACUGGAUCACACUGUACAACAGUAUCUCUACACAGGAAACUCUAAGGAACUAUCUGAAGUUUUCUCAGAAGAUGAUCACACACAGGCUGACCUCUUUAUUGCGCUGAAUGUCAUUUUUCUUUUCAGGAGUUUAGGGGUGUGUACAUGGGUUCUCCUGUGUGCAUGCUGAAGACCUGGGAAACUGCUUACGUUCAUGUAAUUGAGUGAGCUACUGUGCAAGUGAUAUAAGAAUAGAAUAACCAUGGGGAACGCUGCAGGUGGGAUGGAUGUGUCCCCUGGGCGAGAAGUAAAAGGACCCCAAAGCUCUUUCAGCCCUGGGGGCCUGAAGCAGCCCCUCACCCCCAAAUUGCCACUGCCUCCAGAGGAGGAGCUAGAGGAGAAAUUUAGCCUGGUCCUGAACUCCAUGAAUCUUCCUCCUGAUAAAGCUGAACUGCUCUGCCAGUAUGACAAUGAGAAGAAGUGGGAAUUGGUCUGUGACCAGGAGCGCUUUCAGGUGAAAAAUCCCCCGUCGGCAUACCUGCAGAAACUGAAGAGCUUCAUUGAGCAGGGAGGCUCCAGGAAGUUCAAGAGGCGUGUCCAAGAGGUAACACAAGUCUUGAGAGAGCUGGAGAUAUCCUUAAGAACCAAUCACAUUGGCUGGGCUCAGGAGUUUCUCAGUGAAGAGAAUAAAGGGCUGGAUGUUCUGGUUGACUACCUGUCUUUCGCCCAGCGUGCCGUCCCGUAUGAUCUGGAAAGCACUGAUAAUAGCAGCUUUGAAGAUAAAUCUGUGGAAGAUUUGACCUCCAGUGCCACUAACUCCCCUACCCACAAUUCUUCACGCCCCAAUCGCUCCCUCACCUCGCGGAAGGUACAGAGAAACCUGCGGCUGGUCAGCCAGAAGGACCAUCUCCACCUCUGCAUCAUGUGUCUGCGGGCCAUCAUGAACUACCAGUCAGGGUUUAAUCAGGUGAUGAACCAUCCUCAGUGUGUGAAUGAGAUUACCCUAAGCCUCAACAACAACAGUGCCAGAACUAAAGCCUUGGUACUGGAGCUCUUGGCUGCUGUAUGCUUAGUUCGGGGAGGUCACGACAUCAUUAUCUCAGCUUUCAACAACUUUAAGGAGGUAUGUGGGGAGAAGAGACGCUUUGAGAAGCUGAUGGAUUAUUUCUGUAAUGAGGACAGUAACAUCGAUUUCAUGGUGGCAUGCAUGCAGUUCAUCAACAUUGUGGUGCACUCAGUGGAGAACAUGAACUUCAGGGUUCAUCUGCAGUAUGAGUUCACACAGCUGGGACUGGACGAUUACCUGGAGUGUGUUCAGAGGAUAAGGCAGAGUGAGAGUGAGAGACUGCAGGUACAGAUCCAGGCAUAUCUGGAUAAUGUGUUUGAUGUUGGUGCCUUGCUUGAGGAUGCUGAGACUAAAAAUGCUCUACUGGAACACCUAGAGGAACUACAGCAGCAUAACGCACAGUUGAACAGCAGGUUGGAGGAGAGUGAGAAUGAAGCGAUGGAGAAAGUAUCAGAACUGGAGAGACAGCUCAUACAGGCCACAAAGGAAGUGGAACUACUAAAGGAGAGUCUUCGUGAAUCAUGUGCGCAGGUCUCUAGCCUGCAGCAGAGGGAACGGGAGAGAGAGAUGGCACGGGAGAUAGAGAGAGAGAGGGAGAGGGAUAAAGAGAAGUCAAUGAGUGCGCUGACAACGCUGGAGCAGAAGGUCCAGCAGCUGGUGGAUCAGGGCCUCAUUCGCAUGGAGAGAUCAGCGUCCGGCUCGCUGGACCUCUUUAUCAUCCCACUCACACAGCUACCUCACACAGAUGGGAGUACAGAGGCACACGCUCCUACGUCCUGCACGUCUCCAGUACAGUCACAGCCUCCACCACCCGCCCCUCUUCCAGUCCCAGUCCCUGCCCCUCCACCACCUCCUCCUCCACCUCCUCCUGUUAAUGCGCUGCCUCCUGCUCCACCGCCACCUGGCUUCACCACAGGUAUAAGGGGUAAGAAGCCUAUCCAGACGAAGUACCGGAUGCCGCUGUUUAACUGGCAGGCUUUAAAAGAAGAGCAGGUGGUUGGAACUGUCUUUUCUGAUCUGGACGAUGACAAUGUAUUAGGGGAGUUGGACAUGGAUGUGUUUGCCGAGCUGUUCAAGACCAAAGCUCAGGCCCCUCCCGCUGAUAUCGGCACUCUGAAGAUGAAAGUGGCUCAGAAAGCUUCCAACAAAGUGUCUCUACUGGAGCCCAACAGGGCCAAAAACCUCGCCAUCACUCUGCGCAAAGCAGGCAUGGACGCCAACCAGAUCUGCACUGCCAUCGAAACGUAUAACCUAGAUACAUUAAGUCUGGAUUUCCUGGAGCUGCUGGAGCGCUUCAUUCCGUCAGAUUAUGAGCUGAAGUUAAUCCAGAGUUACGAGCGCGAGGGCCGGCCGUUGCUGGAGCUGUCGGAGGAGGACAGGUUCAUGGUGCGCUUUGGUAAAAUCCCACGCCUCAGUAAGCGCAUCAGCACGCUCACCUUCAUGGGAAACUUCAGCGAGAGCAUCCAGCUGCUGCGGCCGCAACUGAAUGCCAUCAUCGCUGCAUCCAUGUCCAUUAAAUCCUCCAGUAAACUGAAGAAGAUUCUGGAGAUUAUUUUAGCGUUUGGAAACUACAUGAACAGCGGGAAGAGAGGAACAGCGUACGGCUUUCGUCUGCAGAGUCUGGACCUGCUGCUGGACACGAAGUCUACAGAUCGUAAACUGACCCUGCUGCACUUCCUCGUGAACAUCAUACAGAAGAAAUUUCCACAGCUGCAUAGCUUCUAUACAGAGCUGCACUUUCUGGACAAUGCAGCACUAGUAUCGCUGGACAGCAUCCUGUUGGACGUGCGUUCCUUGGAGAAAGGGAUGGAAGUGACUCAGCAGGAGUUUGAGGAGCAGCAGGACAGUCUCAUUCUCAGAGACUUCCUCUCCAACAGCAACAGUCUAAUGGAUUCUGUGGUUAAGGACGCAAAGACAGCUCAGGAGGCGUACGAGUCUGUGGUGGAGUACUUUGGGGAGAAUCCUAAAACCACUCCUCCCUCCAUUUUCUUCCCCAUAUUCAUUAGGUUUAUAAAAGCUUAUAAGAUGGCUGAACAAGAGAAUGAUCAGAGGAAAAAAGAUCAUUUCAGUGAUGAGAGCAAGGGCAUGGGCAUAUCUGAUGCAGUCAGAAAUGAGCAGUUUGGAAACAAGAUGUCCAUGUUCCAGCGGCCCCCGCAGGUGGACUUGAUAGCAGAGCUGAAGCGCAGGCAGGUGUCUCCACUGGUGCGCGAGGGCAAAGAUGGCGCCAUUGAGGACAUCAUCACAGGUCUAAGGAAUCAGCCCUACAUUAGAGCAGAUGGAGGGAGACGCAGCGCCAAGUGGAAACCUGCACAGCAGCUACAGGUUUCCUCAGACAUCUCUCUGUAACACCGGCAUGCAGAGAUACACACAAAGUAUCCUACAGUUCUGUUGUAUUUUGUGCAGUUAGUAACACAGCCUACAGUAUGUAUUAUUUAACUGUACCACAAGCCAAACAUGAUUAUAAUAAUCUGAGAUCAAUGGACAACAAUCUGCAGUCUUUUAACUUAAAUUUUUAAAUGUGAACAAAUAUGUGUAUUUAUUGUAUUGUUUAUUUACUGACUGCUCAAUGCUGCAUCUGUAAAUGAAUGGUUAUUUUUUCAUAUGAUUAUAUGCAUAAUAAACCCACUUUAUUUCA